CUCUCCAUUCAGUACAAACACAAUGAGUAGUAAUAUUAAACAUAGGACAAUAUCAGUGACUAACACUGCAUAGCACACAAACUGCUUUUCAUUUCCUCGCACGCUUCUGUGAAUAAUACACGUACUAGAGAGCGUGUCAGAACGACGAGCCGGGCAAAUUCUGAAUAGGGUGACAAGUUAUAAGAUACACAUUGUUCGGCGAGAACAUGGAAAGUUGAGAUACAGUGAUUCUUUCCUUGGACAUCAUUUUUCACCUACAAUUCUUAUGGCAGAAAAUCCUGGUUUAAGGAUGUCUCAAAUACAGAAAAUACUUUGAAAAAACUUUUUGCUUUUUCACAACACUAUGGCGGUAGUAACUUUUAAAAAGCUAAUAUUAAAUACGGUCACGGUGCUGCAGAUAUUUAAAUGUUGCUAUGGCGACGUAACACAGCGAAGGACUUGUCCCGAAUCAUGUGUGUGCACACCUACGGGCAGUAUAUACUGCGAUACACAUACACGAGACAUUGCACCCACACUACCGUCUUAUAAUGAUAAGCUCUACUUAGAGUCGCAGAAUGACGUAUUUAAGAAUAACGCCCUGCGAACAAUUUUUAAGGAUGUUUUACAGCAAAUGCCUACACAGAAUAUUAUUGAUCUAUCAGACGAAGAACUGCAUUGUGACUGUGAAAUUAUCUGGCUUCAAAAAUGGCUGCUCAAUUAUCAAAUGAACAAGCGAUUUUUGAACAUGGAUUAUAGGUGUUCUAGUCCGCCAUCUUUAAAGGGUCAAAGGGUGGCAGAUAUUAGCAGUGUUGACUUAGGCUGCCCGGUCGAUAUACUGAAAAGACGACGUAGAAAAGUGAACCGAAGACGCGGACAACCAACUUAUACUCAAAGACCGCUAAAUUUUUGCACGGUGAACUAUUGCGACAAUAACGGCUCUUGCGUGCUACACAAUGAUUAUACAUUGUGCAUGUGUCCAUUGAGUUUUACAGGAGACAUGUGUCAAAUUCGGUCAGAGCCGCAACUAGAGGUACAUGCUAAACAAUUGCUGGACAUGACGGUCCAGGUUAAUUGGACGCUUGACCGUGAGGCACUGGACAUUCAGUUCAACCUACAGCUUACAACUAUAGACGGUGUACGCUUAAUUACAUCACAAAUGCUUCCCGGACAUAUGCGACAUGUUUCUGUUGAUGGUCCAUUUCUCGCGACCCACAUCAACGUCUGUAUAUGUAUUUAUGAGCAUAACAUCAAGACCAACUUUACAGCCUGUAUGGACAUUUACAUAGAUGAACGUGGAUAUGGUUUGCCCCCUCCCAGCGAUUUGCCCGAUGACAAAAUUUAUAAUCCGUACGAUGCUUCACAUUUUAAUGAGGUUAUCGAUAAAGCAAGUAUAGCGCUCGGGAGCAUAAUAGGGCUCUGUGGACUCCUUAUACUCGGGCUUGCGAUUGCUUAUAAAAACCGACAAAUUGAUUCUGAUAAUAAUGCUAACAUGCCCGUAGACAUGAAUGGACUUAGUUCUGCGUACAUAAGCAACACAAUCAUACAACUUCAAACGAUACGUGAGAGUUACGAAGAGGAAAGCCAAGAGGCAACACUAGCUGAUGCAAGCCAAGUUCCGAUUGUUGAAACAACUGGAGAAUCAUUAAACAUGAACAAUAACGCAGUUUCUUCCACGCCCGUUUGCAGAGAAAUUUCACGUCAAAGAGCCAACGAGUCUCACAAAUCCAAUGAAACUAAUCCUACAGAAAACCAAACAGUUGGCCUGGAGCCAACUUUAAGACAAUCUCAAGCAAGUGAGAGCGGGAAAGUUAAUAUAAUUUAAGGAGAAAUUGUGGAUAUUUAGGUUGAAAAUAUACAGUUUUUUUUAGUGUGAACUGCGCUAAUGGUUUUUGAUUGCAAUGUGCAUCAGUGGAGUUGCUUAUCUAAGUAUUCAGUGUUUUAUCUGGUAAAAAACUGAUUAUUUGCAACAAAAUGACGUAAUUGUUUAUGUGUUACACUGACUACUUGUGGUCAUCGACUGGUCGAUGACGUUCUUAACUCUGGGAGCAUUAUUACCUGUCAGAUGAGCUGAUCAGUGUUAAUAUCUAACGAUAGGUUAUCCCCUUGGUCUGACAUCAAGUUGCGAAUAGCAACCGUCAGAACGUCAUACACGGAUUGGACUUGUCUACAACAAAGCAGAAUUCCGUAAUAAAUAGCAAUCCAACUUCUGUCCCAUUUCUGUGGAUUAAUGCUGCCAAUAUACUAAAUGUACACAAAUUCUCAGUUUAAUGAAAACUGUGGCUGACCUUUGAAAGUAAUCUAACAAUAAGUGACAAGUUUAUGACAAACGAGGGCCAUAAAAAGACAACAGCAUGUUCCCAGUAUGUGUACACAAUCGUUACGUGUAUCAAACAGUAUCACCGCGUAACACACAUUUUCUUGUACAGGUUAAGCAGUUAUAUUUCAUCUUGAAGCAUGUGUAAUACAAAGGCAAUGUAAAUUACAUUUUAUGAUAAAAAAAAAAAAUUAUAUUAAAAAAAAAUAUAUAGAGCUUUCAAUAUAAUUAAAGUCAAGCUGAAGAUAUUACUUUGUAAUUUGUUGGAAAAUGUAAAAUAAUUAUAUUUAUAAAUAUAGAAAGUAUA